CAACCGCCAACAACCGAAUCCCAUAAUGAAGAAAAGGCAGAAAAGAUUGAAUCACAUUGCGUGGAUCGCGAAAGAAUUGUUGCCGAGUUACAAAUGGAAGAUGAAUGUUCUUCUUUGUUGAACAAAUCAACACAUGAAGCAACUGAAGAAAUUGAUCCUCAAGUAACACCACCCGUUAUUACAUCUUUUGAGAGGGCAACGGCAAACAAGGAUGUUGUUGUAGAGGAAGUGACGGCGGAAGGUGUAUCUAUCGAGGAUAAACAAACUUCGUGCAAGGAAGUAGCGAAAACGUACAAGGAACUGGAUCCCGAAAGGAUAAACAUACGAUUCACAAUUGGCGAAGGUGAAUUUGGGAAAGUUUGUGCUGGGGCGUUUGCCGAAUACACUUUAGUCGCAGUUAAAAUGCUCCACCCGGAUGUCCCUGAAAAAACGCAGCAGGACUUUUUAAAAGAAGCUGAUACAAUGCAACAACUAUCGCAUCCAAAUAUUAUCAAGUUGGUUGGAGUCGUGACGCGAAAAGAACCCCGGAUGAUUGUCACUGAAUUCAUGCAUCAUGGGUCAUUGGACAAAUACUUGCAAGGAGUUGGAAAAUCAGUCAAAUGCUGUGGUUUACUGCGCAUGCUUAUAGAUGUCUGUGAAGGAAUGAAAUAUCUCUCGGGACUUGGCUAUGUUCACCGGAAAGCGGAAAAUUCUCAAUUUCAGGACUUGGCCGCGAGGAACAUCUUGAUCGAUGAAAAGCGGACAUGCAAAAUCUCCGAUUUUGGAUUGGCAAGAAAAAUUGGAGAGAAACUGGUUGACGACGCAUAUACACUCACUGGCGGGAAAGUACCUAUCCGAUGGACAGCUCCCGAAGCGGUUAUUUAUCGGAGAUUUACGAUAGCAAGUGACGUUUGGUCCUUUGGUAUAGUGAGCUGGGAGGUAUUCAGUUACGGUCAACGCCCAUACUGGGAUUGGACCAAUCAAACAGUGAUUUCCAUGUUGGAACGUGGCUAUCGUUUACCCUGUCCGGAAGCAUGUCCCAAGGAAAUGCAUUGUCUUAUGUUAAAUUGCUGGUCCGCGAAAACUGAAAAAAGGCCAAACUUUGAUACACUUGGUGUAUACCUGGAAAAAAUUCUGGAAGACGAAGAACCAUUGGUCAGUUCCCUACCGAAUGGAGAGCCCCAUUCAGGAAGCACCUCUUUCAGCCAACCGACCUUUAUAUUGCCAACGGCAGAAGCGUUCACGAAUUUACAAAUCACAAGUAAACAUGGGACCAAGAUGCGUACGGAACUACCAACGAAGACUUUCCAGCGGGGUCAAAAUACUGACGAUAGAAAUUGUACUACUCGCGUUCAUUAUGAAGGAUCCAAACUGAAGCACUCAUGUAAUGUCCAGGAAUCAAUCAUAUCGCAAAACGGUACCUACUAUAAUGUUCCACAGAAUAAGAAUGGACUAGAACCUGCCGUAAACUCAAGAAAUACUUGCACUAGAAACAUUCAGAGUUCCUUCCCAAACAACAUUCUUAAUGGAGAUAGAGUUUAGACAGCGUCGGGCUACGAGUUGAAAAAGGUUCCACAGAAUAAGAAUGGACUAGAACCUGCCGUAAACUCAAGAAAUACUUGCACUAGAAACAUUCAGAGUUCCUUCCCAAACAACAUUCUUAAUGGAGAUAGAGUUUAGACAGCGUCGGGCUACGAGUUGUUGCACUAAGCGAUUAUAAUUUCAACUAUUAUGUUUACAUCUUUUCUACCGGAACA